GUCUACUGUGUUUGUGCUACUCUGUUCCGCUUCGGAAGUGGAGACGUGUUGGGGAUUUUAGUACAGACUGAAUAUACACCAACAGAAGCAUAAUAGGCGGUGUGAAACCUUCGAAGCGUCCAUAACGAUGAGGCACUUAGUCUUCCUAUCGCUGGUUCUCCUCGUGGUACAGCCCCUGGCCUCGGCGAAAAAACAACCACUUUUCUGCACGUCCGAGUGUGACAGGUUCCGCGGGAAAUGUCUUCUCAUGGCAAAGAUCAACUGCAACGGUCUGAAGAAACACCUCAAGUGUAUUGACACUUGUACCGAUCUCAGCAAGAAAUGCCAUACAACGUGCGAGGACAAGGAGUUCACAGUGGAGGCCAAGUGUUGGAGGAAAUGUCACAGAAAGCGAUGCAAAUCCGAGAAGGCGUGUCAAAUUGAAGUAUUUCACAAAUACAUGCCUUCCAUUCCGUGGCCUUGAACAGCUGUGUCUUAGAAAUUUUGAAGACUCAAGACACUUAACAAAAGUCUGGUGUGCGGAGAAGCUUUCUGAACUAUGCGCUCUCGUCAAAUAAAGAAAACACAUGUAUUUUAAUCCGAAAA